AUGGCUUCAACUCAGGGCCAAGUUCGCAUUGCCAUGCGCGAUGAGUAUUACAAUAAUCACUGCGAGAUCCAGCAAGCUGCUGUAGAAGCAGGACUUGGAUUGAUCCCCGACUUCUCAGGCCAAGACAAGCUCGUCGUGGUUGACUAUGGAUGUGCUCAAGGAGCCAACUCCAUCGAACCUAUGAGAAGGGUCAUGUCUAGUCUCCCUGAAAACGCCACUGUUUCUCUCAUGUUCGAAGACACACCUUUCAACGAUUUUGGAAGUUUGGCAAAGACAGUCUCAACCCACUUCGCCAGUACUAGUGAGAAGGUCUUCAUCGCACCUAGCCUUGUCCCUAUCGGCUUCUAUCAACAAGUCGUCCCAGCAAAAUCCGUCGACCUUGGCUUCACAUGGUCAUCCUUCAACUAUCUCGAAAACACUCCAACCAUCGCUCUCGACGCGACGGCCUCACCGACUGACUACGCCAUCGCUCGCCAUAAAGCCCUCGCAACAGCGGCUCAUACUGAUCUAAUCAAGCUGCUCAAACUCAGGGCCAAAGAAAUUCGCGAGGGUGGUUAUCUUAUCGCUGCUAUCGGCGGCCAAAAGCCUGAAGGGGAAACCCGACCUUCGAACCCAGGCGGGCAUAUCCUGCAAGCUGUCACUAUGCGGAUGGUGGGCGAGGGCAAGCUCUCACUUCCUGAGCUGAUGCAAAUGGCCUUGUUCCCAAGCCACGAACGUACGCCCGACGAAGUCCGUGCUGCACUUGAAGACGAAGCCGUGGCACCACUAUGGGAAGUCGAGGUUUUCGAAUCCAAGUUAAUCGUGCAGCCAGCUUGGGAGGGUUACAACAAUGCAGCCGACUCCGAAAAAGAAGAGGCUUUCAGGAAGUAUGCAACUGUGGUAAUAGAAAACUUGGUGGCCGCGGCAGGAUGGUUCUGGAUAGAUAUACUGAAGAGAUCAAGAGGUGAGGAGUGGAAUGGUGCGGUCGCUUGGCUGAAGGAGUUCACUGAUAUGGGUGUUGAAGAGAUGGUGACGAAGCAUCCGGACUUUAAAGCUGAGAUUUGGUGGAAUUAUAUCAGGUUGAUAAGAACUAUCCAUGGUGUCGACACCAGUGCUACACUGCGAAUUCCAAGAACACCAAGGGACCACGAGCUUGGCCGCCAUGAUCCUUAA